UCGGCUUGAUUGAGGACCAGCAAGUUUUGACUGUUCCCAGAACAGUUUUAUGGAACUUUAACUGAAUUGUGUAAACCGCUAGGCCUAUAGGCCAUACGAUCCACUGAUGAUAAUGCUGAAAUAAUCUCGUGGGAUUCUCUCACCUUCAAUCAUGAUGUUCCCGUGUGAACAGGCAACCUGAGUCAACCAUGCCCUUACCCUAUCUUAGAUACCGUGUUGAUUCAAAGUGAUGUCGUGUAUGCUCUUGCCCUGAUAAAACUCCACGUGGACAUCGAACCUGGCAUCAGUCAAUGCACUUGAUGGACAGACUGAACAUUGAAUGCACUAUCGCAUUGUUAUUAUAACACAUGGUGACACAGCAGAAAGUAGAUACCCUCAUCCAUGCAUAUAAAUGCAGGCGUGGUAUAAAGGAGUGGGUGCUUAUUGUUAGAGGAGACAAUCAGCUCCCGAAGUCUGUGAGGAAGGGUGUGCCAUAGUGGUCUGCAUGGAUACGAACAGCCACGAGCGUGUAAAGUCCUAUAGAGAUUUACACCCUUGUGUACAAGAGGCAUCGCCAGAAACACAUCCUUUCAACUCAGAAGCACCACCAAUGCAGCCGAUCAUGUAUAACACCAGAAGACCGUACCAGUACCAGUCUUCGGUAUCGGCAGUUCACAAACUACAACAAUUUGCAGCCAAUAAUAAUAGUACAAUGAACCCCGGAGCAGCAAACUAUUCCAGGCGCUCUUUGGUAUCUACGAGUGCCUUCUCGGACCCCACUAUGAACUGGUCGACAGCAGUACAGAAAACAACGAUACGAGAGAUGCAGCAGCAACGUGUCGUAACCGGCAAUCCGAUGGUCCUUGAUAAACGCCCUCAGCAUUGGCCAGGUGGGAUCGGCCUGCCACCACCGUUGAAAGAACUUACUCGAAGCAUUCCUUACUCACACAACCAGAGUGUUCCCCAACACUUCAGUCCGUUUCAAGACAUCCCGGGGAAAUCAGCAGGGAAUCACAUGUACCCAAAUAGCUCCGCACAGCAAAGAGGUUGUCCUGAUCAGCAAUACGGAGGGUAUCAUCACAGUGCCUUCACAAGACCGUCCGCGUCAACUUCGCCUGUUAAUUCACUCGACGUGGAGAUUAACCGUCUCCGGGGAAUGAUAACAAGAGUCGAGAUGUUGAGAGAGAAGUACAAGUACCAAGAGGGUGCAUUAAACUACCCUAACGCCCUGCCCGGUCCGACAAUAAGGACCAAUAGUAGGCCUAUCCCAAUGUGGUACAACGGUCAGCCCAGACCACCGGCUGACCUCUACCGUUACCCAGACAUGCAACCAGUCAAGCCGGAGGCUUUUAAGAAUCACCAUCCAAACUCCGGAAUGAACAAACCGAGUCGCAGGCAGCAUCAGGUUGCUCCGGAACGACGAUGUCUUAAGUCACCCGAGCACACGCAAAGAACAGCCUUCUCGGACUUUAAUCACUACGGUGGAACGCGUGCUCCGGAGAGGCAGUUUCCAACGUCACCCGAGCACACACAAAGAGCUGCCUUUCUGGACUUGAAUCGAUAUGAUGGAAUGCCUAAGAUUGUUGAUGUGCGUAGCUUGGCUGUUGAAGUACAGGAGGGACAACGUAACAAUAAAAAAGAGUCUCAGAAUUGUCAAGCGUACAGCAUGAAAGUUUCACCGACUGCAAGGAGCUGCACUCGGCAAACAAUAGAUACGAGGAAAGAAACAAGAAGCGUGGACUCACAUGACAGUGGUGUUGAAUGCACGUCCUCGCCAACAGAGAUUCAGUCCAAAAAGAACAGACAGUUUGUGUACGGUAGGACUUCAUCUGAACUGCCUACAGAUGAUGAAGUGUUGGUCAGAGAGGAACAUCGAAUUUCAAUGUACCAUUACCAGGGACCUUGCGCAACCACCAGCAUUGCUCGCUCUGCUGAAGGUCACUGUUUACUUGGUCCAAGAACGACGUCUCCCCCACGCACAGAACCCAGAAAGCAGAACCCACGAAAGCGUUUGUCAAACACUGCGAACGAAACCGAAUUGAUGGUCAAGAAGGCAAAAGCUACGGAAGGUGUAAACUGUAUCGACAGGCUUGAGACGAAUUGCCCUGUGUCCGUGUCAGGAAGGUGCGACCAAGCUCUCGAUCUAUCCUUGAAGAAACGGAAAGGUAACAGUGACACACAAGUAAACGGUGUUCGGAUUAAAACAGAACCAUUUAGUAGACCAAUUGAUUCACCCGGAAGGAAUCGCUUCUUGGCAAACUUUAGGAAAAAGGUUGAAGGCAUCUUACAUCAAUCUUCUGACACAAAAGUACAAUCCGAUACCCUUGCCCAAGGGUCUAGCAGCAACGGUCAAAACGAUACCUCAAAUGAUUUGGACAGAGGUGGUUCAAAACCAUACACUGUUAACCAUCUCGGUAAGAAACAAGCCAGGAACAAAUUGUCGCAAGAUCAAGGACAGUUUCCACCGAAACCGGAAUCCAACCCAAAGAGUCAAACAGUUCCCCUCUGUCUCGCACUAAAAGAGGGCUCCUUAUGCACCGAUGAACUGGUCUCUGAAUCCAUUCGCCUGUCCAGAGAACUACCCUGGAGCUCGUCUCUUGUGAUAGAAACAGAUAACGAGAAGCCGUCCGUGCCACAGUCCGGUGCGUGUCGUUCACCCGGCAUACUGGUGAUCAAUCAUGCUGAGACAGACACCAGUACUAUAAACGCGUGGGUUGUACCUGAGCCACAUGGCCGAGCAGCCAAGCUUGACAGUCGCCCAAUUAACUCGAACAGAGACUUAUACACCCCCUUUCGCGAGACACCAGCAACGCCACAUAAUGCUAAAACCUGCCCGUCACCCGCUCAAACAAAACUACUCGAUGCCACCGUUCGUGUUCGUCAUCCCGAAGCUUUUUCUACAUACCCGACCAGCAAAAAGUCCCAAAGGAACACCAGACUGUAUGCUGAGGCUGAUAAGUUGGACAUAAAGUACAGUGCUUACAGCAAUGAGAAGCUUAGUGAGGAUGUUGGAAGCGAGUAUAUAGUCACGGACCCCACAGACUCUGCCCCCAUUUUUCAAAUCCCCACCGAGGAUGGGUUUCGACGGCUCCGUAAGGCAGGUGGUAAAAUACACGAGAUCUACAGGGUGACAACCUCUAUCCCAAAGGAUCCUCCUCCUAUUAAUAGCCGUAGGCUGCAAACUCCUCCCCACAGUAGCGUGCACUACCGAGAGAUGUAUUUCCCAUGCGUCCUUAGAUCUGAGGUCCCGUUCAUACCAACGCACUUACUCGUUCAGACCCUCUUUCCGGGGGUCGAGGUGGCGACGGUUUGCAAAGCACUCCAGCAGUGCAAUAUUCUGAAUCGCUAUAUGACUCGUAAUGAACAGGAGUCAUUAAAAGACGACUUAAGAGAACGAGGUGUCACCAGCUGUAAAAUGGUACCCCUGGAUGAGUUACAUAAUAACUGGGAUGAGCUUCUGAUGAAUAUAAGCAUCGAUUAAGCAUGGAUAUUAUUGCUACUAACUAACAAGAGUACUGUACAAGUCUGUUUUAUAAACAAAAACUAUACAACUUGUGACGUGAUAAAAACUAAAAACUGGGUAUUAGUGUUUGGUCAUUGGACAGUUGAAUGGUCAAUCAAGCACUAAUGCUGAGACGACUGGUCAUUCAUUAAACACCUAUGAUCAGUCGAAUGGUCAAUGAUCAAGCGCUAUUGCUCAGUCGACUGGUCAAUAAUUAAACACUAAUGCUCAGUUGACUGGUCAAUAAUCAAACACUAAAGCACAGUCGGAUGGUCAAUAAUCAAACACUUAUGCACGGUAUGUGCGCUCGGACCGUUUUGUACAACUAAUUACAAUAUUUUAAUUUGAUACAAUAUUGUGCGUCAUUUUGAUUGCUGCUUACGGUAAAUUAUCUGGUAAACCUAGUUUGCAUAUUAUUUAUAUAAUUUUGGUUGGAGUAUGUAUUCUUGUGUGCGAUUCGUCUUUUGUUUAAGCCACUGGACACGUUUGGUAAUUGUCAAAGACCGUUAUUCUCACUUUGUGUAUCCCAACAUGUGCAC